AUGGAAAAAAUGUUGUCAAUCACGUGGGUGUUGAUAAGCCUCCUCUGGCUGGAUGAAGUAAGCGCCAAACCGACAGUCCUCCAGAUGACCCAGAAAUUAAACCGGAAAGUGAAUGGAUUGGAGAAAGCAGUAGCGAACAUUGAGAAAAUGCUCGAGGUGAUAUCAUCCCAGGUCAGUGAGUUGAUCGAAGAUAAGGACCAACUUACAGACUUGCUAGCAAACAUUUCCCCUGGGUCAGGAGAUCAGCCGGACAUUGACAAGGAUGACAGUGGGUUGGACCGACCUACAAAGCGUCUUGUGCUCAGGGACGACUUCAACUCCCUGAACCUCGACAACUGGGACUAUGAGGUCUCCAUGUAUGGCGGAUAUAACUGGGAGAUCCAGGUCUACACCAGAGAUGUAAAGAACAUCUUCACAACGGACGGAUCUCUUUUCAUUAAGCCCACCUUGACGGCGGACUCGUACGGCGAGCAGUACCUCCAUACUGGUACCAUGAACGUAACUGAAAUGUGGGGCACCUGUACAAACGCAGCUGAUUAUGGGUGUGUCCGACACGGUCAAAACGGACUCCUCCCACCCGUCAUGUCGGGAAAGCUGAUGAGCAAAAAGACGGUCACAUUUGGGGAGGUGUGCGUCCGUGCCCGUAUCCCCCAGGGAGACUGGAUCUGGCCUGCCAUCUGGAUGUUGCCCAGAAGCAACUACUACGGUGAAUGGCCCAGGUCCGGGGAAAUCGAUCUCAUGGAAAGCAGAGGGAACAGUGAAGCCAAAGACACCGACGGUAACGACCACGGAAGGAAUGAGAUCGGCUCCACAUUGCAUUGGGGCCCGGACGCCGGACAGAACAAAUUUUACCUGACGCAUGGGGAGAGGGACGAUGGCACUUUCUCAACCGAAAUGCACACAUAUUGUGUGGACUGGACGGAAGACAAUAUAACCAUCUCCGUGGACGGAAACCAGGUCAUGGCGACUGGAGGAAACUUCUGGCAGAAAGGUGGCUUUAGUGGCAGCAACAUCUGGUCCAGUGGCGGAAAUAUGGCCCCCUUUGACCAGCCUUUUUACCUCAUACUGAAUGUGGCCAUCGCUGGCAAAAACGGGUUUUUCCCCGACAACUGGACGUAUAAUUCUCCGAAACCCUGGAAUAAUACCUCCCCGACGGUGCCAGCAGACUUCUGGAGCGCGCGUGACAAAUGGCAUCCGUCAUGGCAAGGCGACAACGUUGCCAUGGAAAUCGAUUAUGUGGAGAUGUAUGAAUACGUAUAUAAUUAAAUGUAAAACAGAUGGAGUAAUAAAGUCAGCAUUACAGAACCUA